AAAUUUUCUCUCCAAGUAAACGAAAGAGAUAUGAGUGAUUUUCAAGAAGGUUCUGGAAACGAGGACCAUUAUGAUAAAUUUCAUCUGGACACAUUUUUAUCUUCUCAACUCCAAGACAAUGAUGGAAACAUGCAGAUAAUGGAUGCUUAUGGGGACCCUCAAUUACUAAACAACUCUGAUACCUUCAGAGUCAAAGAAGAUUAUGGUACAACUCACUCAGCAUGCCAAGAGACAAUUUUUUCUGAUGAAGAAAUGAACAAAGACAUUCUGGGUGAACCCUUAGAGAACUGGUUCAAGAUCAUGGUUCCAAAUGGAAGAAAGUACAAUAAGAUGUGGCUAAUAAAUUUACUCCAGAGUUAUUGCAGUGUGGGCUUCACACCAGUUGAUGUAAGAGAUAAACACUGA